CUCUCGGUCCACUUCCGCUCUGCAGUUUGUUUACGUUGUGUGGCGCGGAACUUCGUAACCGGACUUAUGCGUUCGUUGUUUUUGUGCCUCAGCUGUUCGGGCAGAUUUUAGUUAUAACCAUGUAAUAAACACAAGUUAAUUUGCAUGUAUUAUUAAAACCACCUGCUGAAGUGGUGCUGCGGCAGUACCGCAACAGUUUAGUUAGCAUGCUUAGCUAGCCGGGUUAACUCUGUAUAGUUUCUUUCUGUAUAGGUUUUUCUGUUUCGUUUUUGUACUUGAAGACGAGUUUGUACAAGUCAGACUCCAGGAGCGUCUGACAUUAACAAAGCUGCACGUAGAUAUUGGCGGAAUAUGAACUGAGAAUGGCAGGACGAGGGCGCAGCAGAGGACGAGCUCAGCUCAGUUUUCCUGUGGAGGCCGUGGGAAUAGGCAAAGGAGAGAACCUUCCACCUUCCACUGUCCAGCCCACACCACUGUUUCCUCCCUUGGAGCACAAGCCAGUGCCAUUACAGACAGGAGAAGAAGCAGAAUAUAUGCUAGCUCUGAAGCAGGAGUUCAGAGGAGCCAUGAAGACUCUGCCUUUCUACAUACGACCUGCUGCACCGAAGAAAGAUGUGGAGCGUUACUCUGACAAAUACCAGAAUGUGGAACCAUCUGACAACACCAUUGAAUGGAGUCCAGACUGGAAGCGCUUGCCGAAGGAGCUGCGUGUGCGGGUGAAAAGGCCUCCGAGCGAGAGAAGAGCAGUCAUUCCCAAAAGCAGCAAACAGCCACGAGUGGACAAAGAGAUCAUCCGCAAACUGGAGACACUGGAGAAAAAAGAGGAGGAGGUGAGUUCUGAUGAAGAAGAGGGUGAGAAGAAAAAAACAGAGGAUGAAGAAGCAGAGGGGGAGGAGGAGUAUGAUGAGGAAGAGUUUGAAGAGGAGACAGACUACAUCAUGUCAUACUUUGAUAAUGGUGAGGAUUUCGGUGCAGACAGUGAUGACAAUAUGGAUGAGGCUGUUUACUGAUGCCGAACUGCAAAGCCCCAAAUGAUAAGCCGAGUGAAUCGGAAUCCUCCAUGCAUUAAGGACUGGCUGGAUGGCUGAUGAUUCCUUUGGGCAGCUGAGUUUGUUAUACAGAAACAUAUGGAAUUCCCUUCACCUUGGACAUGAAUGAAGUGCAACCCUAGGGUGGAAUGCAUCAAUCACUGUAAAAUAUUAUCAACUUUACUUUACCUUUAUUCAAUUAGUUGAUAUUUACUUAAAUGCACACUUCAAAACAUACAUUAUAAAUGUAAUUAGCCAGUUUCAUGAAAAUGUAACACAAACUCAUUACCUUGUUUGAAGGAACUGGUUGAAUAUUCAGCACCACGGAUUUGACCAAUCGUAUUUCAGACUGACAUUUUUGAGUGUAUGAAAAUACAUAUAGAACAUGCCUGAUGUUCUUAAAGUGAAUUAUAGGCAGGUAAGUUCUCAUGUGUAUAUUUUGUUUCUCAUUUAUAGCGACAUUUUGGACUAGUUUUAUCAUUUUAUCAUUGUAAUGGUAAUUGUUACACAGAAAUCAAGGAGCACAAUUUGUACACGUUUUAAAGUUUUAUACCAUAUAUAAUGUAGUUAUUUGAAUAUUAAAUGUAGUAUUUUGCUAA